GUUUUGUAUCGACUGAGACACAUAGAAUAACACACACAAAAGGAAAAUUUUGAAAAGAUGCCACCGUUCUGCUGUGGCGGUCGGCGCUGUGCCAAGGAUAAACGUAGUGGACAGGAUGCUGGCCACACCAGGUCUCCGAUAAGUGCAACAGAUGCUGAGCGUCCGCUGACUCUCAAGUUCUAUGCCCGGCACGAUUGGCCGUACUUCAACUGCACCGAUGAGGAGAUUCGACGGAUGCAUGAAAAGUUCGAUCGGGAUAGUCCGAGUGAAGGAAACGUGGACGGUGCUGACAAGCCAAAGGACACCGACGCCGAAAAACAGUAUGUGCCAAAGCAUGCCACAGCCCAACCCCUGACAGAGAAUCAAAUUUAUGGCUGGUAUCAGCAUCGGGCCUUUCGCUACUUGAAAAAGGAUCGCGGCAUCUUCGUAUUUCCGCGCGAAGGUGAUCCGUUGAUUAAGAUGAUCCAAGCUGCCAAUCAAAUGGCCCGCUAAGCAUAGCCUGGAAAAGGAGCUCCAAAACUUUGGACGACAAGACAACCCUUUCCUUUUCCUAUUCACGAAAUUCAUUGUCAGAUUUUAUAUAAAAUUAGUAAAAACUGACAUUUAUUUGGGGGGUUACAUAAAGAAAAUAUAUCUAUAUUAGUUCGGCAAUUCAGGAAUCAAAUUAAAUCAAAGAUAAAAUAAAUAAAUGGCUAUCUAUU